AGCACGGCCCUCUCCUUUGUACGUUUCUGCUGCGUGUCGUCCGGAAGGGCGCCGCUUUCCCGCGGCCGGCAGCAUGGGCCGGGAGUCACGCCACUAUCGGAAGCGGUCAGCAUCUCGGGGACGCUCUGGAAGUCGAUCUAGAAGUCGCUCACCCUCAGACAAAAGAAGUAAACGUGGAGAUGACAGACGAUCUAGAAGCAGAGAUAGAAGGAGAGAGAGAUCUCGUAGCAGGGAUAAAAGAAGAUCUCGGUCAAGAGACAGGAAGCGUCUGAGACGUUCCAGAAGUAGAGAGAGAGACAGAAGUCGAGAGCGGAGAAGAUCUCGAAGUCGAGACAGGAGACGCUCUAGGAGCAGAAGCCGGGGCCGGCGAUCCAGGUCCUCGAGUCCUGGCAACAAAAGCAAGAAAGCUGAAAACAGAUCUAAGUCCAAAGAGAAAACAGAUAGUGGGGAAAGUUCUAAAGAGAAGAAAAAAGACAAAGAUGACAAGGAGGAUGAAAAAGAAAAAGAUGCUGGCAACUUUGACCAAAAUAAGCUAGAAGAAGAAAUGAGAAAACGAAAAGAAAGAGUAGAAAAAUGGCGAGAAGAGCAACGCAAAAAGGCCAUGGAAAACAUAGGGGAACUGAAAAAGGAAAUUGAAGAGAUGAAACAAGGGAAAAAAUGGAGUUUAGAAGAUGAUGAUGAUGAUGAAGAUGAUCCUGGAGAAGCUGAAAAGGAAGGCAAUGAAAUGGAGGAUGAGGAGUUAGAUCCAUUAGAUGCUUACAUGGAAGAAGUGAAAGAGGAAGUAAAAAAGUUUAAUAUGAGAAGUGUGAAAGGUGGUGGGGGAAAUGAAAAGAAGUCUGGGCCAACGGUCACAAAAGUUGUCACUGUUGUGACAACCAAAAAAGCAGUCGUAGAUUCUGAUAAGAAGAAAGGUGAGCUGAUGGAGAAUGACCAAGAUGCCAUGGAGUAUUCUUCAGAGGAGGAAGAAGUUGAUCUUCAGACAGCCCUUACAGGGUAUCAGACCAAACAGAGAAAGCUUCUAGAACCAGUAGAUCAUGGAAAAAUUGAAUAUGAACCAUUCAGGAAAAACUUUUAUGUUGAAGUUCCAGAACUAGCAAAAAUGUCUCAAGAGGAGGUGAAUGUAUUUCGGUUGGAAAUGGAGGGCAUUAUUGUCAAGGGAAAAGGUUGCCCCAAACCAAUUAAAUCUUGGGUCCAGUGUGGAAUUUCCAUGAAGAUCUUAAAUUCUCUCAAAAAGCAUGGCUAUGAAAAGCCCACACCAAUCCAAACCCAGGCGAUUCCUGCUAUAAUGUCUGGACGAGAUUUGAUUGGUAUUGCUAAGACAGGAAGCGGAAAGACCAUUGCUUUUCUGUUGCCCAUGUUUAGACACAUCAUGGAUCAGAGGUCAUUAGAAGAAGGAGAGGGGCCAAUAGCUGUCAUCAUGACUCCAACUCGAGAACUGGCUUUACAGAUUACUAAAGAAUGUAAGAAGUUUUCGAAGACCUUGGGACUUAGAGUGGUCUGUGUUUAUGGAGGAACAGGAAUCAGUGAGCAGAUUGCUGAGCUGAAAAGAGGUGCUGAAAUUAUUGUUUGUACACCUGGUCGAAUGAUUGACAUGUUAGCAGCUAACAGUGGUCGGGUCACAAAUCUUCGACGAGUGACGUAUGUUGUUUUAGAUGAAGCAGACAGAAUGUUUGACAUGGGUUUUGAACCACAGGUCAUGCGCAUUGUGGAUAAUGUCCGUCCUGAUCGACAGACAGUUAUGUUUUCAGCUACUUUCCCCAGAGCGAUGGAGGCUUUGGCUCGCAGAAUCCUGAGUAAACCCAUUGAAGUGCAGGUUGGAGGCAGGAGUGUGGUUUGCUCGGAUGUGGAGCAACAAGUGAUUGUUAUUGAAGAAGAAAAGAAAUUCUUGAAGUUACUUGAGCUUCUGGGCCAUUAUCAAGAAGCAGGAUCUGUCAUUAUAUUUGUGGAUAAGCAGGAACAUGCUGAUGGUCUUCUGAAAGAUUUAAUGAGAGCAUCUUAUCCUUGCAUGUCUCUUCACGGAGGUAUUGAUCAAUAUGACAGAGAUAGCAUCAUAAAUGACUUUAAGAAUGGGACUUGCAAACUUCUCGUGGCCACCUCUGUUGCUGCUCGAGGUCUAGAUGUGAAACAUCUGAUUCUUGUAGUAAAUUACAGCUGUCCCAACCAUUAUGAGGAUUAUGUGCACAGAGCAGGACGGACUGGAAGAGCAGGCAACAAAGGUUACGCAUAUACUUUUAUCACAGAAGAUCAAGCUCGCUAUGCUGGUGACAUCAUUAAAGCUCUUGAAUUGUCAGGAACUGCAGUGCCUCCUGAUCUAGAGAAACUUUGGAGUGAUUUCAAAGAUCAACAGAAAGCUGAAGGGAAAAUAAUUAAGAAGAGUAGUGGGUUCUCUGGUAAGGGAUUCAAGUUUGAUGAAACAGAACAAGCUUUGGCUAAUGAGAGGAAGAAAUUACAAAAAGCAGCUCUUGGUCUGCAAGAUUCAGAUGAUGAGGAUGCUGCAGUCGAUAUUGAUGAGCAAAUUGAAAGCAUGUUUAAUUCAAAGAAGAGAGUGAAGGAUAUGGCUGCUCCUGGAACAUCUAGUGUUCCUGCUCCCACUGCAGGAAAUGCUGAGAAAUUAGAAAUCGCUAAGAGACUGGCUCUUAGAAUCAAUGCUCAGAAGAACUUGGGCAUUGAGUCUCAGGAUGUAAUGCAACAGGCCACCAAUGCAAUUCUCAGAGGUGGCACCAUCCUGGCUCCUACUGUAUCUGCAAAAACCAUUGCAGAGCAACUUGCUGAAAAGAUCAAUGCCAAGCUCAAUUAUGUGCCUUUGGAGAAACAAGAAGAGGAGAGACAGGAUGGUGGACAGAAUGAAUCUUUUAAGAGAUAUGAGGAAGAAUUAGAGAUCAAUGACUUCCCACAGACUGCUAGGUGGAAAGUUACCUCUAAGGAAGCUCUGCAGAGAAUCAGUGAAUAUUCUGAAGCUGCAAUUACAAUCAGAGGCACAUACUUCCCGCCUGGCAAAGAACCCAAGGAAGGAGAGCGGAAAAUUUACUUGGCAAUUGAAAGUGCCAACGAACUGGCUGUACAGAAAGCAAAGGCAGAAAUCACUAGGCUCAUAAAAGAAGAACUGAUCCGGCUGCAAAAUUCAUACCAACCAACAAAUAAAGGAAGAUACAAAGUCUUAUAAAACAUCUGGAAAAAAACUUUUUACCUCUGCUGGUCGUGAAACAUGUGGCAUUUGUUGUCUGCAGUUUAUAAUGUAUUAUAAAUUAAGAUUUUUAAAAUUCUGUCUUGCUGAUUUUUUAAAUAGAAGAUACCAGUAUUUGCUAAAGAAAGCUUCUUUCAGUAAGUACCCCCAGGAUUAUCAAAUUAUAUUUAAAGCAGAGUACGAUGUCCUUUAAUGUAAAGCUUAAACAUCAGCAUUUUAAAUAUUCGGGUAAUAUUCCAGAAGUUGAAAAAAAGGGAAGUAUUUGCACUUUCUAUUGAAGGUAAUAAAGUACACAAGUUGCUAAGAGGCUGUUCACCUUAUCUUAUCCUCUUGUAUUGAAAUUGUGAUCAUCUCUUCAGAAAAGAUAAAAAUCUUUGUCUAAUUUUGUGUCCCUCUUGAGCUUAAAUCUUACUUAACUCAGUGGAACAAUGUGAACUGGAUUUAAGAAUGUUAUAAUAGAAUUUUUACAAAAUGGGUUCAGAGUUUUUGUUUCAAUUUUUAUCGUAAAUGGACAAUAAUUUCACUGCUUUUGGGUUUUGUAAUAUUAAAGAUUU